GUCAGUCUGUUAUUUGUAAACGAGUUCGAACCACGUUCGAACUCAGAAGAACACAGAACAGUUAACUUGUUUUUAUCUAUGCAGUUAAAACGUGUUGUUAGGUCAACUCAAUAAUUAAUCGUGGUUGGAAAUGGAGACUAAUCAGUUAGAAACGUUUCUCGAAUCAUUUUCAAAACAUAUUGAGGAUGUACCAAAUUUCCAUGACUCUAAUAAAGCGUUAUCCAGUAGUUUAAAGUCAACUUUAAAGGACUUAUAUGAUUUCACUAAAAGCGAAGAAAUCGAAUGCAAAGUGCCUCAAAGUGGAAGUGCCCUGAAGAAGCUGAUUGUUGAUAAUUUCGAUUUGGAGCAGAUAUGGCAGCAAUUGGAACUGCAAAACACGUGUAUUGUAGAGCACAUGGUUAAAGACAUAAGUGCUCUACUAGUUGCAAAAGACAGAUUGAUUUUCAGUUCUUUAUCCAAGGAAUUAAGUAAUGAGUUUAGCACAGAUGACGAAAGCAACUCCUCUGCUCCAGAUGAACCUGAAGAGAAAAUCGUUGAAGACGAUGAUUCGAAUAAUGAAUCUGCCUCUGAUAGUGAAGAUGAAGAUAAUUGUGCACCUCCCCCAAAGAAGUAUAAAGAGUCGGUGGUCGAUGACGAAUUCUUCAAAUUAAACGAAAUGGAAGAGUUUCUAAGAAAGGAAGAAAAUCCGCCAUCAAAAGUCCCAAACGACUCGGAUUCUGAAGAGGAGGAUGUCGAUUUGUUUGAGAACGAUAGUGACGAGGAUGAAGAAGGGGAGGAUGAAGCAAAAAUUGCCAGAUUCAAAGAUUAUUUCGUUGAUAAAAGGCAAGAUGAACCCAAGAGAAAGAAAAACAGGUUAAUGGAGGAAUUGGAGGAAGAAAAUAGUGGCUCCGAGCAAGAUGAACUUGCGACGAAUCACUUCAAGUCAUCCUUAGAAUCGAGGCAAGAGCGCUUAAAUCGAAAAAUUGAACAAUUUGAAGAACAAGCAAUUAGUGACCAGCCUUGGCCAUUAAAGGGAGAAAUUACUGGCCAAACAAGGCCGCAAAACUCUCUGCUAGAACAGGUUCUGGACUUUGAUUUAACAUCUAGACCAGCCCCUGUUAUCACAGAGCAAGCCUCCUUGCAACUGGAAGAUAUAAUAAGGCAAAGAAUUAAAGAUAAAGCUUUUGAUAGUAUCGAAAAAUGUGUCCGACCUAUAGACACGCCGUUUGAUUUCAAGAAGAAGCUAUUAUUGGAUCAAGAAAAAAGCAAGGAGUCGUUGGCCAAUAUAUAUGAGAAGGAUUACUUGACCCAACAGGCGGCAUUUGAUCAAGAUAAACAAGAACAACAGGAAGAAGAACCGGAAUCCCAUAAAGAGCUUAAAAAAAUGAUGAACAGUCUGUUCGCAAAGCUAGAUUCUCUCUCCAACUUCCAUUUUACAGCCACAGCUGCCAUACCCGAAUUGAAAGUCAUCAAGAAAUUGCCCGCAGUUAGCAUGGAAGAAGUGGCUCCAGUUGCAGUUAGUGAUGCUAAUUUAUUGGCACCUGAGGAAAUUAAAAACAAACCUAAAGGUGAUAUUAUUGGUCAAAAUGAAAGAACCAAAACUGACAAAAAGGGGGAACGAAGGAAGAAAAAGCUGAAACAAAAGAUGCACAGCCAAAGAAAAGCGAAAAUUGAAGAAAAAAAAGCAUCGAAAAAAAAAUUUCUUAAAGUGUAAAACUUAUUGGUUGUUGAUUGUAAAUAAAAAUUCCAUUUGUUA